AGAAACAGGAAAUAAAACUGAUUGUGUAUCAGUGGAGCACAACGCCUCAUUACACUGCCAAGGAUCAAGCAGCCAGGUCCAGGGAUGCCAUUGUGUCUGUGGACAUGAUGUAGCAGACUAACUGAUUGUGUACCGGUCGAGCACAACGCCUGAUUACACUGCCAGGAUCAAGCAGCCGGGUCCAGGGAUGCCAUUGUGUCUGUGGACAUGAUGUAGCAGACUUGAUGUAGAGAGACACUCAUAAGUGGAGUUAUUAUUUAGCCACCAGGAGCAGUGCGGAGAAAUGACAGGCAAGUCAGGACCUACACUUUUGUAAUAUGUAUACUGAAGGUCUGAUGUAUGAUCAUGAUGAUGAUAUCCAAUCAUCAUGGUCAAGCCAAGGAUCCAGGUUCAAAUUCCGACAUGGAUUCAGUGUGUGAAGCCCAUUUCUCGUAUUCUCCUGCUGUGAUAUGGCUGGAAUAGCACGAGUGACAUAAACCUCACUCCCUCACUCCAUGCAAGUUUUGUUUACAAGUGUUUGACUAGUCUCAGACUAGUACCGGGCACCUGCAGCUCAGUGGUGUUUACAACUGUUUGACUAGCCUCGGAGCUGUGACCUGCAACUCAGUGGCAUUUACAACUGUUUGACUAGCCUCGGAGCUGUGCCCUGCAACAUAGUGGUGUUUACAACUGUUUGUCUAGCCUCGGAGCUGUGACCUGCAACUCAGUGGUGUUUACAACUGUUUGACUAGCCUCGGAGCUGUGACCUGCAACUCAGUGGUGUUUACAAGUGUUUGACUAGCCUCAGACUAGUACCCGGCACCUGCAACUCAGUGGUGUUUACAAGUGUUUGACUAGCCUCAGACUAGUACCCGGCACCUGCAACUCAAUGGUGUUUACAAGUGUUUGACUAGCCUCGGAGCUGUGACCUGCAACUCAGUGGCGUUUACAACUGUUUGACUAGCCUCGGAGCUGUGACCUGCAACUCAGUGGUGUUUACAAGUGUUUGACUAGCCUCAGACUAGUACCCGGCACCUGCAACUCAGUGGUGUUUACAAGUGUUUGACUAGCCUCAGACUAGUACCCGGCACCUGCAACUCAGUGGUGUUUACAAGUGUUUGACUAGCCUCGGAGCUGUGACCUGCAACUCAGUGGCGUUUACAACUGUUUGACUAGCCUCGGAGCUGUGACCUGCAACUCAGUGGUGUUUACAACUGUUUGACUAGCCUCAGACUAGUACCCGGCACCUGCAGCUCAGUGGCGUUUACAACUGUUUGACUAGCCUCAGAGCUGUGACCUGCAACUCAGUGGCGUUUACAACUGUUUGACUAGCCUCGGAGCUGUGACCUGCAACUCAGUGGCGUUUACAACUGUUUGACUAGCCUCGGAGCUGUGACCUGCAACUCAGUGGCGUUUACAACUGUUUGACUAGCCUCGGAGCUGUGACCUGCAGCUCAGUGGCGUUUACAACUGUUUGACUUGCCUCGGAGCUGUGACCUGCAACUCAGUGGUGUUUACAACUGUUUGACUAGCCUCGGAGCUGUGACCUGCAGCUCAGUGGUGUUUACAAGUGUUUGACUAGCCUCGGAGCUGUGACCUGCAACUCAGUGGCGUUUACAACUGUUUGACUAGCCUCGGAGCUGUGACCUGCAACUCAGUGGCGUUUACAACUGUUUGACUUGCCUCGGAGCUGUGACCUGCAGCUCAGUGGUGUUUACAACUGUUUGACUAGCCUCGGAGUUGUGACCUGCAACUCAGUGGUGUUUACAACUGUUUGACUAGCCUCGGAGCUGUGACCUGCAGCUCAGUGGUGUUUACAACUGUUUGACUAGCCUCAGAGCUGUGACCUGCAACUCAGGGGUGUUUACAACUGUUUGACUAGUCUCAGACUAGUAGCUGCGACCUGCAUCUUAGAGUGACAGCCGACAGGUUUACUGGCUUUGCUUUAAACUCUGUGACCAUAUCCAGUAAAAACUACAGAACUGAUGAUAGGCCACCGUUGGUUGUUUUGAGAUAUUCCCAUUUACUGUGUGUCAUGAUAAAAUAAAUACUUGAAACAAACAUGACGUUUGACAUGUUGGAAGAUAAAACAUUUAACUUUUGAACAUGUCUGACAGCGAUUGGGAUCGUUGUCAGACUAAGCUACACAGAGAAGAAAAAGUUUGAGAUUUUUCAAUCCUUGGUGUUCAUCAUUGGAAGGACUUUUCAUUGAAGAAUUGUAACUGGCCUCCAGGCUGUGCAGAUUGCUGAGAGACUAUCAACAGCAGCGCUCCAUAGAGUUAUUUCUCCACAAUCACAAGGCUCAAACUGACACGUCUGUUAGUCAAAGACUAGUUCAGUUCAGGAAGGACAGAGGACAUUUCCUUGUGGACUACCACUUUUACCAUUAGGUAGAUGGCAAAUCUACAGCAGGUCAUUUUUUGUGGACUAGUGAAAAUAGAAAAUAAUUUCUAGCCGUGGAGGCUUGGUUGAAGUGUCAGUGUCGUCUGCCAAUACUGGGGAUUGUUAUGAAAUAUUCAUGUACAGCUCUUAUAGGUAAAUGCAAAGUCAAGGAAAUCUGAUAUUUACAAUUCAUGAGACUCGGCCAUCGGGGAGACAGUCAGUGAGAUGAAAGUAUUCAGUGUUGGGUGUGGAAAUACCUGCUGCUGACGGGAUGACAACUAUCUUCAGUGCCAACCCGGACCUGCUGCCGGAGAUCACAUUCGGCAAUCAUCUGGAGUAUCAGGAUGGAUCCAUUCCAAUGGUGACGAAACAGAGCAAUGGGCGGAUGUCUCCGAUCCGAGCUCGCACCAUGAAGGAAUACGACCAGCAAAUUGCAGAGCUGAAGAAAGAGAACUUCAGUCUGAAGCUGCGAAUCUACUUCUUGGAGGAACGGAUGCAGCAGAAGUUUGGGGAUGGGGAGGAUGUCUUCAAAACAAACAUCGAGCUGAAGGUCCAGGUGGAGAGUCUAAAGAAGGAGCUGAUGGACAAACAGGAGCUGCUGAAGAAGGCCAGCACGGCCAUGGAGAGUCUCACCAGCAACCAUGAGACAGAGCUGAAUCACAUCCGCAGUCAGAUGCAGCAGGACAGGAAUAGGGAGUCAAUGCCGCUGAUUGGGGAGUUGCGAGAGACGCAGCAGAAGAUGGGGAUGAUGGAGCAUGAGCUGGAGCUGCGCAUGGAGGCCCUCAACACGGCGCACGAGGCCGCCCACAAACACUCCAUGGAAAUACAGAAACUCAAAGAGAUGGCGGCCGCCAAAGAAAAAGACAUCGGGGAGCUGUCAGGGAGGCUGGAGGCAGAGGUUGACCGAGCAUGUCAGCUGGACACCAGGCUGGUGGAGGCGGGUGGGGAGAGGCAGGAGCUGCAGGGCAGACUGGACCACCUGCAGAAGGAGCUGGACCGACGCGACCGGGACAUGCUGCAACUGUCUAGUGCCCUGAAGGAAGCCCGCACUGUGGACACAGACUCCUUCCUGGCUCACAACCACCUCCAGGACGUGGUGGACGACCAGCAGGAGAAUCUGGGCAAGCUCCAGGAAAGGCUGAACAACCUGCAGAGUCAGCUCCAGGACAAGGACAACACCAUAGGGAAACUUGAAGAUGCCUUGAGGGACAAAGAUGAGAAAAAUAAGGACCUGGAGAACCAAAUCCGCCCGCUGGAACGAGACAUCAGCCGUCUGGAGGAAAACAGUCUGAAGCGGGACAAGACCAUACAGGGACUGGUGGUCGCUCUGCAUGACAAGAACAAGGAGUCCGGCACCCUGGAGGAGCACCUGCUGAGAUCGGAGGAGGACAUGAAGAAACUCCGAGUCGACUUGCAUGAAGCCAGGAUGGCUAGACACCAGGCCGAGGAGACGUUUCACUCAGACAUCGACAGCGCUGAUGCCAAAAUAGCCCGGCUUGAGCAGAAUCUACGAGAAAAUGAACUCCAGCUUGAGAAUCUGAUGCGAGCUCUGGGCAAGAAGGACGGUGAGCUGGGCAACUUCAAGGACUUGUUAGGGAAGGCGGAGAAUGCUCUCAGACAGAGUGAGAAGGCCCUGGAGGCUCUCCAGGAGCAGCUGCAGAAGGAGAGGGACCAGGCUCAGGACCGACUGGACGGACAGGCUCAGCAGUACAAGCACCUGCUGGAUGAUGCUCAGAACGAGGUGAAGAUGAAGGGAGACCUGCUGAAGGUGCUGGAGGACAGACUCAAGGACAAGGACAAACAACUGCAGGAAUAUGUCGGGCUGCUGUCCCAGGACGGCCAGGUCGGUGUGGGGGAUCUACACAAAGCUCUGGCGGAGAAGAACCAGGAGUUGAGGAAUCUGAAGCAGAAAGUGGCAGGACAUGACACAGACCUGGAGGACACCAAACGCCAGCUGAAGGCAGCAGAGGAUGCGCUUCAAGCACUUGAUGGGGAGACAGGAGACAGGGAUGGUUACAUCCGACAGCUGACAUCACAACUGAGGACGGCACAGCAGGAGCUUGAGGCUGCGGUGGACGGUCAAGCGGGGAUGAUGGAGGACAAACGGAGAGCUGUCAAACACCUGGAGGCACUGCUAGCUGACAAGGAUGCAGCACUACAGGAUGCACUGGAAUACAACGGUGGUGAUGGCAGCCGUCUCCGGCUACUCAGAGAUCAGCUGCGAGAGAAGGACAAGCUCCUUGAGGAGCUGAUGGCGGAGAAGAACCGGAGUGUCCUGGAGAGUGGCCGUGCCAACCGCGACCUGCUGCACCAGCUGAAGGAGAGGCAGAGUGGCACCGACGAUAUGAAGCUGUACCAGCUUCUAGAGGAACAGCUGCAGGAGAUCCGACAUCUCAGUGACAUGCUGCUGAAAGAGAAACAGAUCUUCAUCACCCUCAACCAGGAGGGAGGGGCGGCCACAGCCAGUGAUGUGCAGCCCGACCGGUCCGGGGCGUUCCUGACGGAGCUGGGGGCAGUGCAAGCCUUGAGGCAGCAGUUGCAGGAGGGGGUUGAGAGGAACAACAACCUCCGUGUCGUCCUCGAGCACCAGAUCACCGGACCAGCGCCAGCACCAGCUCCUGGACACUCCACCACAGACCAUCGCUAUACAUCAUCAACUACUGAAGAACGGCACCACACCGACAACAGGCAUCCCAGCCCCAUCUGGGAUGAUGGUGGUAGUUCUCUGAGGUCAAGGUCACAGUUUGUGGAUGCCCAGACAUCGCCUGUCCGCAACGGGCCUAGUCCUGGGGAGAGUGGUUACCAUGAUCUAACAGACACUCACUCAUCACCAUUCCGCCGAGUCAGCAAGCAUGACCAGGCAGUGUCCGCUUCUCCAGACAUAGACAACAAUGAUGUGCAGACUUCAACAACAGGAAGGGAUCUCCUGCCAGAAGGGCAGACAAGCUUGGGUCCCGGCAUCAGCCAGUGUGUAGGGACAUCCCCCUGGCCAGACUAUCGCAGUGUUCAGACAUCACCUCAUUGUCCUUUCAGCACACAGAACAAAUCUACAUUGACAUCACCACAUGCAACAUAUCAGAGUGUUCAAACUUCACCGUUAGCCCCCAACAGGACCUUGUCUCCGGGAACCAGAAGGUUAUCAUCAGGGUCAGAGAGCAACCUACCAGUCCACCGAUCUCCGUUAUCCUACAACGAUGUUCAAACAUCACCCAUUGCCUCGUUGAACAAUUCUGUGUCCCCAACCGGAGUCAUACCAACCACAGGAGCUUCUGGUAUUGAUUCAGAGUCUUUGUCCAAAAUGUCGUCAUCAAUGUUGCGAAAGUUGGUUCAGCAGCUGCAGGAGGAUUUGGUGGGUGCCCUGAAACAGAACCAUGACCUCCAGGGGCAGGUGUUCGGGGAGUGCGAGACGCGCGAGAUCCCAGGACGCAAUGAGGCCGACCCAACCGUCGCCGACUUCCAGCAGAUGCAGCAGCAGAUAGAUGAGCUGAGGUCAUCAUUGGACAGGAGGGACAAGGAGAAUGAGGUACUCCGAUCUCAUCUAGGCCUGGAUCAGGACACUCGGGUUGAUUCCCGGGAUUUGCCCUACAUGCAUGACCUUCAAAAUGAGAUGCACAAACUGAGGGCACAACUGAAGGAGGUUGUCCAUGCUAAUGAACUUCUCAAGAAGCAGAUUAACAUCAGUAGUCAGACAGAUGACUACCCAGCAGGGUUCAACCCAAGUUUGAUCAUUGAUAUGGCAAGGGAGCUUGAGGCAUUGAAAUCUGAGCUUGAAAAUUCCAGAAAGGUUAUAGCAGAGCAGAAGAAAGUGACAUUUGAUACAAAUGGAGUGAAAUCUUCCAGGAUUCCUAGUUGGAAUGAUGAUGCUUGUCCUUCUGGAUUAGGAAUUAUUGAUGGAGCGUCAAACUCCAGUGGUAUGGGAUCGGGGAUAUCCCACAGUAGCAGCAGCAGCCAGUCAGCCAAGAACCAAUGUAGAAAGGGCUCUCAGAUUCCUCGGCCGAAGAACCUACAACCAGUGAUGUCUAACGCCACCCACGAGAAUCAUCCUGUGAUCCUGCAGAGGCAGCUCCAGGAUGCCACCGACCACAUCAAGCAGCUGGAGAAGACUCUGGCUGCCACGGAGGAAACGGUCAGGUACCAGUCUCAGAAAGUGAAGUACUACCGGGGACUGCUGAAGGAUGCAGGUAUUGUGCCCCUGCAGGAUUCCCGGUCACAGAGCGAGACCUGCCUCACCCGGCUGUCUGGGAACAAGUCAUGGAGAGGCUCAGUUGAGAACCUUGCUUCUAGAAACUGUCAGGAUGGUUUGAGUCCUGUGAGGAACCUAAGCCUGGAGUCUAUAAAGGACUAUGGCAACACGGACAAUGUGUUUGAGUUGAAGCAUCAGAUCAAGGACAUGCAGGAGAAGCUGGAAAAGUCCCUGGGGCUGAGUCACAGAUACAACAGCAUCAGUGCAUUAGGCAGCAGCAGCGAGAGACUUGCCAGUCCGGCCAGGCGGUCCUUGUCUCCUUCGCUGGGGAAGUUCCGCACUCAGUCGACAGACAACAUCACUCAGCUGUGUCAGAUGUCUGGAAGUCUGGAGAAGCUUCAGAGACAAGUCUGGAGUCUGGAGUCUGAGCUCCAGGAAAGCAAGAAGCUCAAUUCGGAUCUGCAGUUGAGGUUAAAGGAAUUACAAAACUCACAACCAGGCAAAGGUCUUGACAGUGAUCGCAACCGACAGCCCAGCCUCGCUGAUCGGGGUUCAUCUCCGAUGUCAAACAUGGGAAACCAUCCCUCUUCUCAACUGGGUGACAACAUUCCAGCCUUGAAGGCUUACCCAGGGGAUGACUACAAGCAUGAGAUCGCAUCGCUCCGUAAGCAGCUGCAGGACAGUCAGAAUGUCAACACGCUGCUCAGGGACGAGCUGGAGGAGCUGAGCCACUUCCUGUCGGAGCUAAUGGUGCAGGACCAAAGUGGACACAACUCCGAUGUUGGACUGGCUGACAUCAACAGCAUUCGGUCCAAGCUCAAUCAAAGUCUGGAUGUCUUGAGGACUACAAACUCUGACAUAUCACUGCUGGAGCCCCACCCUGUGCGAGGUGGUGUGGCCACCAGUAUGUCGGACUCCUUCCUCCACGGCAAGUACCAGGAAGCUCUCCACAGCAACCAACAUCUGCGACAGCAACUUGUACAGCUGCAGGACAUGUACCAGAACAACCUGCAUUCCAAGACAGCCGAAGUUCGUCAGCUUCAGCAGAUCUCCGAGAGGUUCCAGCAGGAACUAGAGGCUGCUGGGAAACUUCGCAUUGGCGAAGCGGACGGAAGCCCCUUGUCUCAGAAACGUGCACCUUGUCCGGCUGUUCGGAAACUGGGAGGCACUGAGACCCUUGACUCCAGCAGUCCGUGCGACGGCCUCCCACAAACCUCCUUCCCGCCUCUGUCUCGGGUCCCCCCUGGGCUCUGUAAAAGUGGCAGCAUGGAGUCUGAUGAUAUAGCAGACAUACACAAGCAGACAGACGAGAACUAUGGGCGGCCACUACGGGACUCUGGUGGCGACUCUUGUGUUGAGCAGCUGAGGCAGAGGACAGGCAGUGGUGAUCGGCGAGACACACUGGGGCUGGAGCUCCGUGGCGAGGGUGAUUUGGAGAGGAUGAGGCACCGAACUGGGAGUGACGAUCGGCGAGACACACUUGGGCUGGAGCUCCGUGGUGAGGGUGAUUUGGAGAGGAUGAGGCAUCGAACUGGGAGUGACGAUCGGCGAGACACACUUGGGCUGGAGCUCCAUGGCGAGGAGGACUUGGAGAGGAUGAGGCACCGAACUGGUAGUGACGAUCGUCGAGACACCGUGGGGCUGGAGAAAGAUGAUGUCCUUGAGAGGAUGCGACACCGGACAGCGAGUGGAGCAGCUAAUGAGCUGUCGUCUGUCCACUCAGCUGGGAGAGAUAUAUCCGUGUUUAAUUCACCCAAAAAUAUUAGUCCGGAGAAAUUAUCAUUCCAGAGAAAGGUGACUGAGAGAGAUAGUGUAGACUUCCCCAUGUAUUCCAACCAGUCUGGACUGAGGUUCUGCGAUAUGACCCUCAACCCGUCUCUGGAGGACCGGACAGAGGAGGCGAGGGACUUCAUGGACAGUUCGGGAACAACCAGUAAAAAGUCUACGACAACGACUACAUUCAAGAUGUCUGAUUACGACAGUGAGCGGUUGAGUUCCAGGGAGCGCAGUCAGACACCGCUCAAUGAUGUGGGACAACUACAGGCUCGGUUAGGUGCCAUGGAAGAUCUCAACAAAACUCUCAAAGAUGAACUGAGUAUAUAUGAGACUUUGUGUAAGUCUUUUGGCAUCCAGAACACCCCACAGAAGUCUCAAGGGGAGGCAAGGUCUCCUGUGAAGACGGAUGUAGACUCGCUGUCCCUGCGAGAGCAUCUGAUUGAGAUCCGAGCCAUGAGGCAGAAGCUGGAGCAGGGCCUGGAGCACAGCGACAGGAUGAGGGAGGAGCUGCUUAGUCGUCUGGAGAAGGCUGGAGGUUACAUGCACCAUGACUGUGACCGGAAGCUGCACGAGCUGGAGCGUACCAUCCAACAGCUGCAGCAGAAGCUGGCCACCUCGCACACCGACGCCACCGAGAAGAUCUACAUCAUCGACGAGCGCGAGAAGGUGAUCCAGGACACACGGGUCAUCAUCGAGCGACAGCGGCGGGAGAUGGCCGAGAAGGAGAACGUGAUAGAGAAGAUGAGACACAACUUGGAAGAGACGCAGUUGGUCGUGGCGAGACAUAAAAAGGAGGUCGCCCAGAAGGACAAGGUGAUAGAAAGUAUGAGAUACAACUUGGAAGAGACGGAGUCAAUUGUGGCCAGACAUAAAAAGGAGGUUGCGGAGAAGGACAAGCUUAUUGAAAGUAUGAGACACAACGUGGAAGAGACGCAAUUCGUGGUAGCGAGACACAAGAAGGAGGUUGUGGAGAAGGAGAAAACGAUCCUAGAGAGGGAGAAGACGAUAUCGGAGCGCGGGCAGACCAUCGACGAGCGGGAACAGACGUGUCAGAGGCUGCAGCUGAAGAAGGAGAAGAUGGAGGCCAUGUUGAAGAAAGCUUCAAAGGAGAUCAAGAGGCUGAACCUGGAGGUGGGAGACAUGCGAGAUCGAGAGGAGGAGAAGGCGGAGCUCAACAAGACACUCCGACUCGAGCUGAGCGUGUACGAGAAACUGCAGGGGGGUGAACAAGAGAAUGACGAGAAGUCCUGCAUCCGGGAGCUGCUGACGGAGAUCCGCAGGCUGAGGGUCCAGCUGGAACGAAGCAUUGACGCCAACGACACACUGCGCACCAAACUGGAGGAGAUCCUCCGACAACAGUUGCAACAGCAACAGCAGCAGCAGCGCAACAACAGCCCCACGGGUUCCCACACCACUGAUGCACCUGACGGGCGACCCAGCCCCGAGUCCACAUUGAGACCAGAGAGGAAGUCGGACUCAAAGACGAAGGACACCUACAUUCGAAAGUACCGAUCUGAAAAAGAGUAUAAAUACAGCGUGAUCACCCGCCAGGCAGGACUCCAUGAAGACGCAGACCACGUGUACAGUGACAUCACCAGCACCACCGACUCGCACCACCAUGCCGACAAGACAGGGGGCUCUCCCUGCAAGGACGCCCACAUGUCCCAGUCCCUCCCAGUCCCCCCUGCCGCCAUGUCACAUGGCACCAGUCUGAUGUCACUGCCGGACGACCUCGCCCACCUCCCUGAGCGGCGCCACCUGGCGUCAAUGGAGAACAUCAAGUACUGGGUGGACAGCCAACCUGGUGACGUCAUGAAAGACUUCCCAAUUGUGAGGGUAGACUCCGACAUCCGGCGUCUGUUCGCCAUCGGGAAGCUGGAUGACUUUGAGAAGCUGCGGAAGGAGAACGGGGAGAGUGUGGCGACUCUGUGCAGCAUGCAGGCCCGAGUGUCGGACCGACUCAAGACUCUCAAGGGCUUGUCCACCACCGAGCUACUGAAGAGUGUGGAGUACAGCACCCUGAAGGAGCUGGGCAUGUCGGCGGAGAACCUCCGCAUCUGUCUGGAGCAGGAGCAGAGACUGGUGUCCUCAUUCUGGGUCUCACAGCUGCCGCCCAUCAACGAGCUGGGGGAAUUCUUCGACCCAAAGAUGGCCUCUGAGAACGAGGACUUAAAGCGUAACCUGGUCCACCUGCGCUCCAAGUACGACCUUCUGAAACACCAGGUCCGCGAGGCUGACCACCGACUCCAGGCUACCAACAGGCAGAGGGAGAACGUAGAACAAGUGCUGUAUAAACAAUUGUCCAAGACCUACAAGGUGCUGCACAAAGCAGGUUCCAACAUGGAGAAAUCGGCAAGAGAGUCCGGUUUCAAGAUACCCACCACUAAAAGAUGAUACCACUCCUUCAACCUAGGUACUCAACCUGACCCACAAUGACGUCACACAAAUCCCCGACCUACGAUGACAUCGUACAAAACCCGAACCACGAUGACAUCAUACAAACCCCUGACGUCAUCUUUGGUAUUUGGUGUCCCUAUGAACAGUAGUUCAUCACAAGCAUUACUUGACUUGUUUCUGUCACAGACAACUACGGAGCUCAUCACAUGGCCCCAGUCAACAAUGGCUGCUGUAAAUACAAGGGACAAGUCUUCUGAACAUUGCUAAGAUUUCUCAUUCAUCUGUUUACUCGGGCAUCUGACUGGGGCAAAGUAUCUGUAUCUUGGAUUAGAAUUAGUAGUUGACAGCAUUAUCUUUGGAAAGUUUCCACAUCCAUUUAUACAUACAUCAUCCAUCACAAAACCUUCCAUUGGUUGAUAUUUAAAAGCAUAUCAAGUGCACGAAGGCAUCUCGUUUGUGGUUAAUUUUAAAUAUAUGAAAUAAUCCUCUCAGCAGGUACAAAGUUUGUUGGGGAAACAGCUUUUUCAUUGAUUUAGUCGCGAUCUGUGUCUUGAUUCACCAUGGUGGUGGGCCUCUUGUAGAGGGCAACACACUCAUGUUGGCACCAGGAUAUUCCUGUGUUGGCCGUUGUGGGAAGACAUCAUGUGUUGUAAAUAUUGCUAACACUGUUAUUGAACUGUUGAUUAAAGUUGUUGUUAUGAAGGGACCAAAAAGCAAAUGUGAAUUAAUUUUGAUUUAUUCUUUCCAGUUAUUUCAAAACCUCAAUGUUUUAACUCUUCUUCAUCGUAACCAUCAUAGUUUUGUCAGCAUUUUAAUACAUUGUUCCUGAGCACAUUUUUAAAUUUCACUUAUCACAGAUUGUGUUUGCUUCUCCCUGUUUUAUAUCAUCAUGGCCAUGUGUACGAGUGUGUCUUCAGAAUCUGUCGUUGGAGUGUCACUGCCAAAUAUCACACACUGUUUAAAUGUAAAUAGCCAACAUUAAGACUAUUAGUCACCCUUAAGUGUUUUAUAGUGCUCCAUCACCAGAAUCUGUUGUUACAUCCAGCUUGUGGGGAGUAACGAGUGUUACCAGGAGGGUGAUAUACACUGUAUACCCAGCCCACUAACACACUAACAGGAUGCAGUGUUUUUCCUUUGUUUUGCUUUCGUGGGGCGGAUGAUAACUGUUUUAAUGCAAUAGUGUAUUGUUUUUCUCUUCAUUCGAGGUAAAUUUUGUAGAAUUGAUAAAUUCAUUGCUUAAUACAGUGAAAAUUCAUAAUUACAAUAUUUUUUUAGUUGAUCGUUUCACAAGAUCUAAUCAAACAUAUAAUGAAUAUUUUAUUGAGUGAGUGAGGUGAAGUUUAGUCCACAUGACGAUGUAUUAUUCGUAUGUGGAGUUAUCUCCCCUGUAUCGACUAAGGAAGGACUUGCCAUUGUGUUACAGAAUGAUCAGAGGCUUUUGGGAUGUUGUGUUUUAUUGUAUUCAAAGGAUUCUUGGUCUUCCAUACAUUUUCCACAAGGCACUUGAUGCAGUGAUCCCUGAUAUUAGGGAAUGUGCCGCAAGUCAGUCUUAGGUCAAGAAGUUGAAACACAAAGCAUCUCGCACAUUUUGGUGUGAUCAGAGACAACAACAUAAUAUUUUCCUGCUCGUGUCUGAUUGUCACCCUUAUGCAACAGGUAGCAUAACUGUGAAAUUUUGACGAAGUACUGUGCUGAAUCCCAUCUUCCAGUGUCCCAUACUUUAAACUACAAAGCUGAAUCCCAUCUUCCAGUGUCCCAUACUUUAAACUACAAAGCUGAAUCCCAUCUUCCAGUGUCCCAUACAUUAAACUACAAAGCUGAAUCCCAUCUUCCAGUGUCCCAUACUUUAAACUACAAAGCUGAAUCCCAUCUUCCAGUGUCCCAUACU